AUGAAUUCCUUCAAGAACUACGAGACCAUUCAAGUUACGCUCAAGUACGGCGGAGCUAAGGGCGCGCGACUGAUAUCUGGGAUGACGAAUAAAACGGAGGCCCUUCAUGUCCUUCUAGCAGAUCUCAAUGUUCUUAGAGCACAUCGUCCAAAAGGCGAAAACAUCCAUCAGGAAGGUGCUGCGUUUUUAUUGGCAUGGCCUCACCCCACUCAUGCGUCAGUCCCUGUGGUUGAGGGCACUUUGUACCCAAGAUGGGUGACCAUUUCCAAGGGGAAUCCAGAGCUGAACGCGGUCAAAGAGGAGCUCUCUAUCGAAUCGGUGGCUGUUGAAAUACUACCGUCCAUUGAUUUUACGGGAACACGCGGAACAAAUUUGUCACCGUUGGGACCGAAACAUACAAUAGAGCUGCCGUGGACAGAAGGAAUGAGUCCACCGUUAUCUUCUACAUCAGACCGUUCUGAUUCACAAUUCACCACGGAAGUAGUUCAAAGGAAGAGAUCUCGAUUCGAUUUCGUCAAUGAGCAAGGUGUUUCAUCACCACCUUUUGGGUCAGAUGGUAAUAAUGAGCCCUCCUCGAAUCCUUUAUUGAAGAGAAUUCGAACCGAGCAGCACCUCCCCAUUCAGAACAGUACAGCGGAGGGGAAUCAUACUCUAAACGGCCUUUCAACUGAGGAAUACCAACCCACUCAAGUGGGCGACAAAACUCAUCGGUCCAGAUACCCGACAUCCCGCGCGGGGCUCACAAUCACCCCUCAACAGCCAUUACGCAUCCCUCCAUAUCACAUCAGACCCCUUCCAGGAUCACCCGGCAUAAGCAACAGCUCCACCCCUAGCGGUCCCCGCCCACCAAGAGAUAGAGAGGCUAUCAAUAGGCUAUCGCUUGAGCUUUCGAAGGUCCGCGGUCAGCUAACCACCUUAAAACAUUCUGAGAAAGGGAUAUCGGAAGAUCUUAUGCGUCUUGGUGUUCCCCAACCAAAGAGUGAAGAAACAACGCCUUCACCCCAUGGUCUCGUACACCAGCAGUUCGAUAUGGAGGCGCGACUGAUACUGCUUGAAAUCGAGUUGCAGCAGGAAAGGACACAACGUCUCCGUGCUGAGCGUAUGCUCAGUGAAGUAGAGAGGGAGUGCAGGGUUCCAUUUGUGGUGCCAGCGUUAUUUCAGGCGUUUUGCAGAAUAUCGGAACUCGGGCACCAUGAAUACUCAAAGGCAAGCGCGCUGUACGAUCAAGACACCUGUCUAACCCAUUGA